AUGUUAAUGAGCAUCGACUCAGAAAAUACCAAGCCAGAAAUAUAUGUUCUCGGUUGUAACCCUAAGAAACAGAGGUUAAUCUCAUUUGUUUCGUACAUGGAUAAUGCAGUUUAUGAUUACUGCGACUAUUUGACAUGUCAACCGUUGUUCAUUAUAUUAUGUUUUUUAGUAUUAUCAUCCGUCAAAGUCCAUAUGUGAAC